GGGAGGUGUGACUAAAAUGGAGAGCACAGGAGAGAAAAAAGGCAGUGAUGGGGUUUUAAAAAGGGCUGAAGAUGGAGCAGGCGGCGGAGGAAGGGGAGGGUUUUUAAUUGGUCAAUCGCCGUGGGGUGACCUUAAUAAACACAAAAGAAAGAGAUGAUGCGCACAAAUGUGGAAUGAUCUCAACGCUAAUGGAGAAUUGAUUGGAGAAGGUAAAGAGGAGGGAACAGUGGAAAGCAUCCAUCCCCAAACUUGUCCGCAGCCAAACGCCGGCACAUAAAGGAGGGGGGAGUCGUUUUGUAAAUAUGCUCAGUUUGUGCACGGAAACCUGAAGCAUGACCAACCUGCUUUGACUGGGCUGCAAGUUAAAGCCCCCCUUUUUGCCUCUUUGUGCCAGUUUUUGUGCACAAACUGAGCAUGAAAACUGGCAUUACUGUCAAACAAAAAGAAAGAAGAUCACCUUUUCUGCAUGGAGAGCCUCUCCUCCUUAGUCCGGAUGAAAACUGUAAGAGCUGAAUUACUAUUUAGGACCACACAAUUCACAUUUCAUACUCAUCCCUCGCCUUUUUGUUCCCCCUUUGCAUCCAGUGUGUGUGUGUGUGUGUGUGUUGUGGCUGGUUGAGUUCGACAUGUGUCAGAAAUAUAUGGCUGCUGGUUGCCCAUAUGAUAACACACCACAGUAGUUAUGGUCACGCCAAGGCUGGACUGUAAAGUGUAUGUGUCUGUGCCACCCCUCCCUCAAACAUACACACACACACACACACACGCACACACACUCGCUCUGCAGGGGGGUGAGCUUUGAAUCAGCAGGGCAGAUGGACUCCAGUUCAACUGAGAAAGUGCUGGACUCUGCAGGAGGCCAUUGGGAAUGUGCAGUUUGUGCACGGUUAAACUCUUCUCCUCAUUUGUCCUCACGAAAUGCUGAGGCAAGGGCAGAGGCAGCGAGAAACUGGUAGACUGAGAAAGAGGAAGGAAAGGGGGGGGGGGUUGGACUGUAUAAUAGAUUACCCUAUUACUCCUACUGCCCUUCGGAAUUGCCCCACUCGGAGGCAGCCUGUCACACGUCCGGCGUGCUCCCGGGCCUCAGAUUCAUGCUCGGCUGCACACAGAGGAUGGAGAGUGGCCCUCGGAGGAGGAAGGAAGGAUGGCCGAGUCACCAGUUAAAGCAAGGGGGGGGACAACUGCACCAAGCGUGGAGCAAGGACACACUAUGGGCAUCAGGCAAUGUAUCAUCGCAGGAGAAGCAUCCUGUUGCAGCUGCAUCCCCCUGCGAUAUUGCAACUUAGAUAUGCAGACUUGACUUUGCCCAUAAGGAGCUGCUUGUGUUGUUAUGCGCCAAGCAUCGGUGUGACACGGUGCCAAAGGCAAAAAUUCAUUACGCUCCAUAAAAAGAAAAAAACACACACACAUUAGAAAGACUGAGGCGUGGCUGACAUCUGGUGGUCAGUUUUCCCACUGCAUGAAAGGCAGGAGGCGGUUGUUGUUUUUUUCUAAUUGGUGGGAGGUGUGAGUGUGUUGAUGGUGUUAAUUAACAAGGAAGCAACGAGGCUCAAUAAAAAUGAGAAGACGAUGAGAGCAAGUGCGAUAAAGAGAAGGCCCAUUAGGAAACAAUAAUGUCGAAUGAGCGGAAACCCCGUGCAGGGUGUGAAUUAAAGGCCCCGUCAACGAUGGAGGACGAGAAUGAGGAUUAUGAAAAAGAAAUCACGCGGACAAUUAUAUUCGUCGGCACUUAUCACUCUCUGCACAUGUGACAUUUGAUGUGUCUUUUAGAGAGUUCCGUUUGAUCCCGAUUGUGGUUCUAAUUGCACGGCAGCAGCGGUGGCGGCCAUCGCUGUGGCCUGGCAUGAGAGCAGCCCAUCCCUCUUCCCUCUGUCCGCUAAAUGGCGAACGCCGCCCCUGACAACGCAGCCGUCAGGGAUGCUGCUGCUGCUGCUGCUGCUGCUGCUGCUGCUGCUGCUGCUGCUGCUGCUGCUGCUGCUGGGCCGCGUGCUUUUAAUUACUCUGCUGAUUAGAUUGGGCCCUCUCCGACGCUGACACGUCCCCUAACAGGGUGUUAUCGACAAAACCAGCACAUACAUCCACUGGCCCGUGACGUCUGAUUUGUCAGAGUGGCCUCUCUUUUCUUCCUUUGUCUUAAAAUGGAGUUGAGUAGAUGAAGUCGUCCUCUGGUAGACAGUUGUAUCCUGCCCCAUGUGAGCCCAGCAGCAGCUGGACUGUGAGCAGAUUGUCACCCUAUCAAAUUUUAUGGCGUGAAACAUUAAAGGUGUACUCUAAAAAUUAUGCAUUGCACCUCGGUAACACUCGCCAGCUCUUGUCGGGCAGUUUUAUUUCAAAAAAAAAACCCGGAGGCAGCAGAAUCAGAGAUAUCGUCGUGGAGACGUUUUUUUAAAACACACCUAGAUUACCCACAACACAUUUCACCUGCCCAUAGUUCUGGUGUGACAUUCAAAAGUGUUCAGUUCAUGUCAAGUCAGAGUGUUAAGCGUUGCUUUGUUUCAAAACACAGAAAUAAUGUAAAUCAUUGUAGAUAUAAUAUACGAAUAGGCUUCAACUGAUAAAUAAAUAGAUAUGUUUGUUUAAAAAAAAAAAUCUGGUUCACGUUACAGAAGCGAAGACCAUUUUUGUGUCACAAUCUGGGAAAUGGGUUUUUUAAAAAAGAUUGUGCCGUUUGUUACAACAAACUCCUCUGGCUGUAGCUUCAUUGUUAUUGAGCACAUUUCUCAAAACUUUCAAAAACCCUAAUGGCGACCUUCAAAACAUAAAACAGAGUUAUCGCUGUUUGCAAUCCUACGGGGACUUCUUUAUCUCUUGGCCGAUACUCCCCUGCACGAUCUGGCUGAAGCAAUUAAUGUCCUGACCAGUGGAUAAACACGCAAUCACUUAAGAUUCAGGGCUCGGAGCAGAUUUGCCAUCUACCAGCCGCAAUUAGUGGACUCAAAAAUAUUCAAUUUCACUUCCGCGGCAGCCAAAGGAUGAUUUGCAAUAGAGGAGACUAAUUGAAGACGUGCUGGCAAACAGCCACACGGGCAAAAAGCGAAUUGACAUACUUAGCAGCCAGCUACAACAGCCGGGAUUUACAUGCACUUGGCUCGAGGCUUGAAUUAAUUUGAAGCCUUGCAGAUGUGCAUAUAUCCUUGCAGCAUCUUGUUAUUAAUGGGACAACAUAACGUGAGGACAUUUGUAGCCUCCGUCGCCACAGAAGAGUCAGUUUUGCAGUGGGGUUUUUUGCUUUAUGUUAAAUAGUCACAUUUUCAAAGAUCUAGCUCUCUGUAACAGAUGUGAGAUACUGUCUGUGUAUUUACCAGAUCCACAAAGGGGUUUGGUGAUGACAGUUACGCUCUGAGGUGCAGACAGUUGGGAGAUUCCCUGCCUGCAAGAAUAUCAAAACAAAUCAAAUCCAGACAGCAGCAUCUGGCUAAGUCUCCGGGUAGGACUGAGUAGUUUUAGCAUAAUUAAUCUACUUUACAUCUGGAGGGACGUCUGAGGAAGCAAAAGUCUGGCUGAUCAGACCAUCACCAGGUUCCCAUCUCUCCCACUGCGGGCACAGUCACCCCACCAUCACCAUCACCACCACCACCAGCACCACCAUCACCAGCACCAUCACCACCACCACCAUCACCACCAUCACCACCAUCACCAUCACCACAACCAUCACCACCAUCACCAUCACCACCACCUCUACCACCACCAUUCUCCCUCUUAUCUAUCUUUAAAUACAUGCUGACUUCAGAUUAAAUAAUGCCGUCCUUUAUCCUGCCACUAUCCGGACGCACUCCGCCCGCCCUUUGCUCCUUGGGUCUUUCCGUUCCGGGGGAGAUCAUUAUCUGUUGUCCCAUCUGUCACAAGGAUUUAGAUAAAUAAAUGAUCCUGAAUGUCAUUGUUAUGACUUUAAUGCGUAAUACUCCGCCCCCGAUCUCUGCAUAUUGUUUGGUUAAGAAGUGACAUAUUUGAUAUUUCAUAAGCUCAUAAGUAUCAGGUCCCUGUCUCGCUCGAUUAAUCUGUGAUAGUAAUCUGCUGAAUUAAUACUGAGGGACCGUUAUUUUUCUUUUGAAGAUUAGAUUUAUUUAUUAUUUUAAAUGUUUGUAUAACCCAUUAUGAUUUGUCCCCAUGACAACAAUGACACCAAUGGAUGAAAUUACAAAUGAACAAUGUAAUAUCUGAUCAGACGGUGAGAAUCUUUUCAGGGUGAUUAUUGACACCGAGGCCCCCAUGCAUAAGCAGGCGACCACACACUCACAUCAACACUCCCACACACGCACACAUGGAGGAGGAUAUCUGCCAAUCCCGGCUAUAAAAGAAAAAAACUCUGACAGAUGACUCAUUCUUUGCCUUUGCUCCAUGCAACAUCUGCAACAACAAGAGUCUAUGCAGUCAUUAAGCCCCUGCAGCUUUAAGGAAGAUGUCCUGAUGGUGGACAGUCAUAACGCAGGAAACACCGACAAACACUGGACUAAAUGACCUGAACAUGUCAUGGAUAUCCACGGGUAUUUACCUCAUGUGUCGUCAUAUGUAACAAGGGUUCAUAACCUCUGCCUGGAUCUAUGGGAGGGGCUCUGUGAUGCCGAGGCUGCCAGCGGAUUGCCGGAAAGUUUAUACAUGCAGACCGAGGACGACUGGAAUCUUUGGACCUGAUCACACCGGAGUCCUUUGGUGGUGCAGCUAGAUUAGUUUUGACACAGAAUUAGAAAUUUAACUGUCGUCUUGAUGCGAGUGAUGUGUUUCAGUCUUUGGAAGCAGCAACUCAACUCGGAGGAUCUCAGGCAGAUGUGAACAUUGGGACAAUAAGACUGAUUCCUAAAAUAUUUGGGGGACUACCAGAUAAAAACAGUUAAAGUAAACACCUUUUUUAAUCUUCAUAGCUUGUAGACUGGAAAACCUGACUGAAAAAGGUAAGAAUAAAGAUUUAUUUAAAUAGUUCUAGAGAAAACUAUACUUCAACAUAAGGAGCUUACGCUACAGUGAGGUGAGCAAUGAGACAGACAUCUAUGAUUGGGACAAACAAUGGUGAAAUAUUUAUUUUGCUCUUCCUAUAAUCUGAAUUAUUUUUUUAAAAAUUGGAUUACACAGAGAAAGAAUAUGAUUAAGAGUUCAGCUUGAGACAAACUAGGUAGGUAUGAGAAAGUCAUUUCUGGUCAAACUGUUCAGCUGCUGUUUUCCUUCAUUGUCUAAUAUCUCUCUGUCUCUCUCUCUCUCUCUCUCCCGCCAUCGCUGCUCAAACCCUUUUGAAAAGAUUUGGAGAAUCGCCAUUUUCAAACCAGAGCACCAUGGAGCACUCCCCUUCCCUGAACUUGUCGGUGGUGAGCGGAGACGAGGUGGAAGACCAGCGACCCCUCCUCCCCCCGAGGAUAGCUCCUCCACCUCAGGCCUGCCCUCCACAGUGCGGCAUUCACCACACGGUCCACACAUCGGCCGAUCACACCGUGUGGCUGGACAGAACCCAGGCCAUGGCCACCACACCUUUGUACAACGGUCACCUUUAUGUCGCACCUUCCCCUCGCCCCAAGAGGAAGGGGGACAAAGCCAAAGGCAAAGAGAAGAAGUGUGACAAAAGGUCUGUGGGCAGCAGACAAAAUCCAGCGCACAAGGAGCGAAAUCAACAGUGCAAAGCCAACAACGCAGGUUCCCACAGACUCCAGGAAAAAGUCACCUCUUUCACCGACGUCUCCGUCUCUCCCGGCGGGUCGCCCUUCAAGGGCCCCUGCAGGUCACAUUUGGACGUCAAGGACCUAGAGGGUAGAGGACGCCGCAGGUCAGGCAACGUCUCUCUGGAGAUGCACGACCACCACAGUCUCCCAGAGAUCAUCAUCACCAGCAAAGACGACGACCUCCAGCCGCAGAACGAGACGUCCCAGUGUGGCCAGGACCCGUCUCAGACCCGAGGCCCCCUGCCAGGGGCCGAGUGUCCCGGCCCCGACCCGAGCCCCAGUCCAAAGCACCAGAUGGACAGCAAGGAUGAGCAAUACUGGAAGACCCACAGCAUCGGCUGGCGGCUGGUCCGCAGGAGGGCCCUGUUCCUGAGGAGGCAGCAGCUGAGCGACUGUGCCCUGGUGGUGGGGAUCUUUGGGGUGGUGAUGAUGGUGAUGGAGACCGAGCUCUCCUGGAGCGUCUACAGCAAGAGCUCCGUUUACUCCCUCACACUGAAGUCCAUCAUCAGUUUGUCUACGCUCAUCCUGCUCGGCCUAAUCGUAUUGUACCACUGCUGUGAGGUGCAGCUCUACGUCCACGACAUCGGCGCAGAGGAUUGGCGGAUUGCCAUGACGACGGACCGCUUGGCACUGGUAGCCCUGGAGCUGGCGGUGGUGGCCAUCCAUCCCUAUCCGGUGGGCCUGCUGGCGUACUUCCAGCAGACCACGAGUCGCCUGUCGCUGUCCGAGACGGAGCUGGAGAUCGUGCUGGCUCUGCCCAUGUUCUUCAGACUCUACCUGCUGGGACGGGCCAUGAUGCUGCACAGCCGCCUCUUCACUGACACCGCGUCCCGCAGCAUCGGCGCGCUCAACAAGAUACACUUCAACACCCGGUUUGUGGGGAAAACUCUCAUGACGACCUACCCCGGCACCGUGCUGAUGGUCUUCAGCGUCUCUCUGUGGGUGGUGGCAGCGUGGGGCCUACAUGUCUGUGAGAGACACCACAACUACAGAGACCUCAGCAGCAACUACAUGGAGGCCCUGUGGAUGGUCUCGGUCACCUUCCUGUCCAUCGGUUACGGAGACGUGGUGCCUCACACCUACUGUGGACGCAGUAUCUGCCUCCUCACUGGUAUAAUGGGAGCCGGCUGCACGGUCCUGGUGGUGGCGGUAGUUGCCAGGAAGCUGGAGCUGACCAGAGCAGAGAAACAUGUUCACAACUUCAUGAUGGAUUCCCACAUCUCUAAGAGGAUAAAAAUUGCUGCGGCUAAUGUGCUGAGAGAGACGUGGCUCAUCUACAAACACACUAAGCUGUCAAGAGAACGAGACCACACCAGAGUCCGCAUGCACCAGCGGAAGCUACUUCUGGCCAUCCACCAGCUGCGUUGUGUAAAGAUGGAGAAGAGGAUACUUGCAGACCAGGGCAACUCGUUACUGGACCUCGGCAAGGUGAGAGAGAUGCAGACCCUCAUGUAUGACGUGCUGUCGGAGGUGCAGGGCUGCAGGGGCGAGCUGGACUCACACAUCCACAGCCUGGAGAAGCACGUGGAGGAGCUGAGGGAGGGCUUCAGGAGCCUGAUGCCACUCCUGUCCAGCACCCUGUCCAUGCAGAACUCCUCCAUCCGUCACCUGCUCAGGGAGAGGGAGGUGAAGACGGAGGCGGCCAGUGUGAGUGGAAGUGACAGGUAGAGGGAGGGAGGCCGUGGAGAACAGAAGGCUUCCAGAGGAGCUGCAGCGCGAUUUGUCUGCUUACGAUGCAGCUGUUCUUGUCUGGACAUUUCUUUUAGAGGUGAACAGAGAGACAGAGGAGGAACAGAGGUAAUGUCAUCUGGUGUUAUAAGUAGACUAUUUUCUGUUUCACGAAAAAAAAUAUUAAACCAAAAUGUAAAAUUAGCCAUGAUUCACUUUUCAUGAAGGACUUUAGCUUCUCACUUUGAGCAGCAAAAAAACCAAAACCCUAACAAACUGAACCAUAUUCUGCAUCUGCUUUGACUGAAGGAAAAUGUGAUUCCUCAUACAUUUUAUACUUUGUUUGAUAUAUUGGAGAAAGCUGCAGACUAAUCAGAACAACAAAUAUUAAUAAGUUGCAGCCCAGUUGAAAUUAAACUGGACUGUUAUUACUCCUGUCAUAAGUAGUUUCUGAACACUUUCAAGCUUUUAUUAAAUCUGAAAGAAUAUAAAUCAGUAUAGUAUUUUAUUUAAGAUGCAAUCAAAAUGAUGGUAUCCUCAUAAAUUCUAGAUUCUAUACCUGUAGUACUUUCUAAUAAAGAUGAUACAACUGCU